AUGCCCGGCCUAGCCCGCAAGGUCCUCGUCGCCGCGGCGGUCGACGGCCUGCUUCUUCACCCUUUGAACCCUGUCCCCUCCAAAGACGGGAGUCGGCCCCCGCCGUUGCCGCUGGUGAAGAUCAAGUAUGGGAGUAAUGUUUCUGUUUCGACCGUCGGGAGGGAUCACGCACCGCCAGCGACGAGCGAGAGUUUUGAGGCUUAUGGGGUUGUUGGCAUAAUAACAGUGUUUCACUACUCCUACCUCAUCACCGUCACCCGAAGGCAGCAGGUCGCUAAUUUGUUUGGUCGCCACCCCAUCUACGUCGUCACCGAAGUCGCUUUGACACCCCUCACCUCCCGGCAGGAAGCGGCGGAUUCGAUUGGGAAGACGGCGCUGGCGUUGAAGAACAGGCUGCAGAAGGAGGGGAGCACAAGCCAGUCUACCAGCGGUGACGAAGAAACGGGGGGGUUGGGGAUUGAUGAACUGCCUCGUGACGACGCGGUCGAGUCAGCAACGGAGGACGACGCCAUCACUCCUCCUGAGAAUACGAGCAGCAGUAGUAUUGCGAAGGAUGUGAUUAGUAGACGGGGGAGUUAUGGUCGUUUUGCGCAGAGGUGGUUUUCCCGCUCCGGGUGGGCGGCGGAGAACAAAAGGCAGAUGGGCCUUACGCCCGACUCUGGCACUCCUCCUGCCCAGCAGAAUAGGGCGAGCAAUAAGAACGUGCCGACGAGGUUUCAGAUCCCGGAUGGGGCGGAUGGGAGCGAGGCUGCGAUUGAGUUGUUGCCCAAGUUGCUGAGGACGGCACAGAUACUGUUUGGGAGUAGCAGGACGUUCUUCUUUGGGUAUGAUGUUGAUGUUACGAGGAGGUUGGCGGAUGGGGGGUUGAGAGGGCUGGGGGGGGGUGGAGGGGGAGUAUUUCUGGAAUGGGCACAUCAUGAGACGGUUCAGGGAGGCGGGGGUGGAGGGGGUGGUUUUGCCGCUGAUGCAGGGGUUUGUGGGGGAGAGGGAGUUUACGGUGGACGAGAGCCCGGCUCAGGAGGAUGA